AGUAUCGGCGGCCAUGCGCUGUUCUGGGACCUCCAGGAUGGUAUCUAGGCGAGUCUCCAGAUCCUUCGUGGUCCUCCUGUCCGCAGGGGCAGCGGUUCUCCUGCUCCUCUCCCAGUGGACGAAACCUUUCCUCGUCUACCAACACCUGGCUCUGGACAGUAUACGUGUCAAUUUCACGUCACUUCCGGUGCGCCAGAACAGCGAGACACGCCCACAUAAAGGCUUCCUGCUGGACACAGCACACUGUAGGAUACCGGAUAUUGACCCUUUUGACCCUGCGAUCCUGCAGAAGAUUCAUAGACGAGGGGAGAUAAUAUGUCAAGGGAAGCCUUCUAUCACUUACGUGGAUGGCCCGGUGGUGAGAAUUAACCGUUCGGUGGUGGAUGAAUUUUACGACGGGGAUUUCAAGUAUUGCCAGUAUCAGCCUAUUGUGAGAGGUCCCAAAAACUCGGAUUUUUCCUUUUCUUACGGCGACAUGAGCAAGAAGUUUGACCACGACGUGUUAGUUCCCCCUGACCACGAGUUCAUGCGCAUCUACUGCUACAGCCAGAGCGAGGGGAAACUGUCCACGAACUUCCACGCGCUAGUCACCGCGAAAGAGAAAGUGGAGCAAAAGUCAACGUACCGAUUUAAGCAGCAUAAACAGAAACGGAAUCCGAAGGAGACACUAAACGUUCACAUGAUAGGCGUGGAUUCUGUGUCGCGUCUUAACUUCUUACGUCAGAUGCGACAGACGAGAACGUUUCUUCUGGACGAGCUUCAGGCGUUUGAGAUGUCUGGCUACAAUAAGGUGGAAGACAACACAUUCGUCAACAUUGUGCCUAUGAUGGUGGGGAAAUUUGUCCACGAGAUCGGUUGGAACGAGAGUAUGAGGAAGCAAGCCUUCGACGACUACAACUUUUUGUGGCAUAACUUUUCUAAAGCCGGGUAUAGAACGCUGUACGCUGAAGAUGCUCCUAAAAUCGCCAUCUUUGUUUACGGAAAGGAGGGCUUCCAUACUCCACCUGCGGAUUACUACAACCGCCCUCUUGCUCUCGCGAUGGAGACCCAAAAAAGUGUGUGGAACAGAAACCAUCACUGCAUCGUGGAUCGUCUGGAGACGUCCAUGUUGUUAGAUUACGUCACAGAUUUCUCGAGGAUGUUUAAAGACAAACCUCAUUUUGGAUUUACGUUCAUAACGAGACUGACGCACGACAGUAUCAGUUUAGUGGGUUCCGCCGAUUACGCCUAUCUAAAGUUUCUUAAGAGGUUUCAGGUCGAAGGUCACCUCAACAAUACCGUCCUCAUUCUCUACAGUGAUCACGGAUACCGCUUUGGGGACAUGAGAAACACGUACGUAGGAAAAGUAGAAGAGCGACUCCCGUUUUUAUAUUUAGUUUUCCCAUCAUGGUUUCAUAAAAAAUACCCUAAACUCGCCAAAAAUUUACGGACUAAUUCCAGAAGACUUACAACUCCGUUCGAUAUAUACGAGACACUAAAAGACAUUCUGUACUUCGAUGGUGAAGACAGAGAAGCAUCCCUCUCAGACAGAGGGAUUAGUUUGUUGCGGGAGGUUCCACCCGAGCGCUCAUGCCAGCACGCCGCCAUAUUGCCUCACUGGUGUUUGUGUCUAGAAGAGAGGGAAGUGCCUACAAACAGUACGGUCGGCCGGAGGAUUGCGCAUGCGCUGGUGGGUCACAUAAACGACAUCCUGUCGCCUGCGUCUCACCUCUGCGCUACACUCUCGCUGGGCAAUGUCUCCCAAGUAGUUCAGAUGCAGUCCAAUGAAAAGAUUUUGAGGUUCGAGGAUAGUCUACAUGACGUCAUCAACAAGACCGUUGUUUACGGCGAGCGGACUGAGGCGCCGGUUGUGUAUCAGGUGACCUUGAGCACUGUUCCGGGUCACGCCCUUUUCGAGGCGACCUUGACCCAUGAUCCUGUGUAUAACAUAUUCAAAUUAGCCGGGAGCAUCAGCAGGAUAAAUGCAUACAGGGACCAAUCUAUUUGUGUAGAGAAUUCCAAGCUCAAAAAAUUUUGUUAUUGUUCGGAGAAGUAAAGAAUUGGAGAGAACGUA